AUUUUUAGAUUAUAUAUAUUAUUUAUUUAUUUUAAUUUAUUUAUGUUUAUUAUUAUUUUAAUUCCUUCAAAUUUAAUUUCUUUCCAUCCUUUAAUUUUUAGAUUAAUAUUAACUUUUUAUAUUAUUUUAAUAAGAUUAGUAAUAAAUUUAAUUAAUAGAAAUUAUUGGUACUCAUAUAUUUUAUUUUUAAUUAUAAUUGGAGGUUUAAUAAUUUUAUUUAUAUACUUUACUAGUAUUGCUAGUAAUAAUUUAAUAAAUUUUAAUUUAAAUUUUAUUAAAUAUUUUUUUUUAAAAUUUAUUUUAUUAAUAAUUUUUUUUUUUAUAAUUACAUUAUUAAGAUUAAAAAAUAUUUAUGAGAUUAAUUUUUUAGAAAUUUUUAGAAUUAUAAAUAAAAACUUUAACUUAAUAGAUUUAACAGCAAAAAAUUUGUAUAUGGAUUUUUCAAUAGAUUUAAAUAUAUUUAUAAUUAUUUAUUUAUUUAUAACUAUAAUUAGAUGUGUUUUAUUAUGUAUAAAAAUUAUAUUACCUUUUCGUCAACUAAAUUGUU